AUGGACCAUGAAAUAGACUCUGUAAUCAAAGAGUUGGUCAAUAGCGGUGAUGGAGUGCUGGAAAAUUUAAAAGAAAUGUCAUUGGUCUAUCAAAGUAGCUCUGAUUGGUUCGGUAAUAAAAACGGCGAUAAACAAGUAUUUUUAACUACAAUGAAGGAAUGGUUGCAAUCCAACAUUGGUGCCAACAAAUACUUUUUAUUAAUUUUAACCGACUCUAAAAACGGCUUUGGUGUUGGUGGCACCCUACGUAACUACAAAACUGGUGAAUCUACAUAUAUAGAACCAUACUGGUUUGACCCAGUUCAAAUACCAUCCGAUAAAAUUGUAGAUUCGACUGGUGCCGGUGAUGCUUUUCGUGCUGGUUUAAUAUACUCUUUAAUCUAUAAAAACCAAGCUUUAAACAACUCAUUACAAUUUGCAUCAGGGGGUCUAAACUGCCUAAGCUAUGGCGGUAAUAGUGGAACCCCAACCUUCAAAGAAAUAUUGGAGCUAAUAAAUUCAAAACAAUAA